AUGGACGGCACCUCCACACUGGGCGAAAAGAAACCCGCUGCCUAUGAGGGCUUGCCCACUCAGUCCCUCCCCCCGGACGUGAUCCAGGCGGUCCAGGAGGCCCUCCCCACAAGCGAUCCUCUCGAUCGAGCGGAUUUUGACCCAGUGGACUAUAUCAAUACCAAAUUUCCAUCGGAGCAAAUUGCCCUUGAAGCCCUGGACCCUUUCAUCGGGCAGAUCACGGAGGAGAUAGGUGCACUUGAUACGGAUAUCUCCCUAGCCAUCGAGGCGCAAGCAAAGGCGGGGGAGGAGGCCAGCAAGAACAUUGGAGAAGCCCAGUCGGCCAUUUCUGACCUCUUCAACAAAAUCCGGGAUAUCACUGCCAAAGCCGAGCAAAGCGAGGUGAUGGUCCAAGAGAUAUGCCGCGACAUCAAGCAACUUGACCUGGCCAAGUGCCAUUUGCAAGCCACCAUCACGGCGCUCAAACGACUGCACAUGCUGAUGGCCGCGCUGGACCAACUCACCUUCAUGACCGAGCAUCAUCACUACAAGGAAGCCGCCCAGCUCGUGGACGCGGUGCGGCAGCUUUCCACCCAUUUUGACGCUUACGCGUCGAUGCCGAAGAUCGCGGAGAUAAAGCAAACGAUCGAGCGCAUCAACACGCAGCUGAAUGAUCAAAUCACCCAGGCCUUUUCGGAGGUCGCCGCCUUGUCCUACACGGUAGCCAACCCCUCCCAGUUAGAGAGGGAGGACGUGAGCCCGGGCUUCUUUUCCUCUUUGACGGAGGCGUGCCAGGUGGUGGACGCGCUGGGUCCUGCCGCUCGAAAGGUGCACAUCGACGACUUCUGCAACCGGCAGCUCGCUCCGUACCUGAAGGCCUUUCCUAAAGGGGGGGAAGCGUCUUCUCUGGAGAAGAUCGAGCGAAGGUUCGCUUGGUGCCGUCGAGCUUUGAAAAACGUGGAGGAACGAUUUCAUGGCGUCUUCCCGGCCCACUGGAAGGUGGAACUGUGCCUCCUGAUGACGUUCCUGCAAACGACUCGACAGCACAUCCUCGACACGCUUGAAGGUACUCUUGUCUCCUCACUCCACUGCGUCGACUGCUUCGUGUGCCUUUACAAAUUAUCGACCUUCAUGCCUUUGAAAAGAUUUUCCAUGGCCCCCCCUUCUUCCUCCUUGCUCCAUCCACUUGUCUUCUCCUAUUUACCGAAUUUACCCCUGAGGUAUCCGACCUUCUCCCCUUCCCUCGCUCCCUUCAUGGCCUCCACCAUUUCCUUCUCCCCAGCCGGCGGUCCAGAAAGUGAGGACGUGACUGUGCUCCUCAAGGCCCUUCAAAAAGCUCUUCUCUUCGAAAAGGAAAUGCAGCCCCGCUUUCAACCAACCCAGGACGGUCACUCUUCCCUGCCCCACCCCCUCCCUCCCGCCCUUCAAGAGGAGGAGACUUCCCAAUACGCCGCCCUUGCGAAAGACGGCAAAGCCGCCGAGCAAAAAAAGGCUAUCUUGGAUGCAGCAGCCGUGCUUCCCAUCCUUGGCGUUGUCUCAGGCGUUUUUGAUCCCUUCAUGGGCCCUUACAUCGAUUUGGAGAAGAGGAACAUGGAGGAGAUGUUAGAGAAGGCGCUGGCAGAGGACCAAGUCGACCGCUCCUUGAACGCGGGGACGAAGCUCCCCGUCUUUAGCAGCUCGAUCACGCUCUUUGUCUACAUCAAAACGGCGAUCAAGCGGUGUACGGCCCUCACCACCUCCGCCACCUUCUUCAUUCUGGCCAAGGAAUUCAAGGCCUGCUUGUUAUCCUAUGCCAGAGCCCUCCGGGGGAAGCUCCCACCGGCCAAUCCUUCUUCGUCCUCGUCCUCCUCUUCCUCAUCCGCCGCCAGCUCCUAUAGGCUCGCCGAGGGCGGGGAGGUUGACCUGGAAGAAAUGGUCCGGUCCAAGAUCGACCCAUCUUAUGCUGAGUCCGUUUCCUUCUCAACCGAGGUAGACGCUUUCCACGACACCAUCACGCUUGCAAUACGCGUGCUCAUCUCCGGUCUGGAGGGAAAGUACGAGUCGGCAGUGAAAGCGAUGCUCACCCUGAAUUGGGCUGCGUGCGAGGGGGUGGGAGAAGAAAGCGCAUACGUUCGACUCCCUAUCAUCGGUCUACCUCCUACCAUGGAUGAUGCCGCUCCUGGCGUGAGUACAAGCGCCCCACCGGCUUACGUCAAGUAUGUGGCAAAGCAAUUCGCCAAGAUCGAGACGAUGUUGAAGCUGAUUGGCACACCUGUGGAGGUCUUGGGAGAGAGGUAUCAGAUCAUGAACCCUGAGGGCGGAGCGCAAGACCUCCUAUCCAUCAUGUCGCUCAAGGGCAUGACCAAGAAAGAGCAGCAGCAAGUCCUUCUCAGCUGUGGCCUCGACCACUCCCUCCCUCCUUCCGCUCCUGAACCCACCGCGUCCUUCCCACCCUCCUCCCUGCCUUCCUCCUUCGGCACCUCCCACGCUGCCUAUCCGGCAGUCGGGGCCUCCCUGGAUGCGGCUAAGCAAGUUGCGGGAAAAGGACUCAAGGUGAUGAGCGAGGAGAUGAGACGGGCGUUCAAGGGGUAAAGCGAAGUAGCCCCCUUGUAGGACGGCUUCAUGUAACAGUGGGGAAACUCGACACGUAUGUAUAAGGAGGCAUAGCUGGAGUGUGAUAAACAUGGAGGACGAGGAGAGGGGUGGAGAGAAGGAGGGGACCAAAAGGAAUUUGUCCCAAGACACUGGAGCCAAGAGGGGUGUGUCUUCGAUUGUGCGAAUGGAGAUGCAGGAGCAUGGAUCGACGAGGGUGCUCCUCGAUGGGUGGAGAAACGACUGAAAGAAGGGAGGCCAAUGAAAGAAAUACUCAUCACCAGA